AAUAUACAUCCCACGGGUUGUUCAAGGUUUAAGGUUUGGCCAAAACAAGAAAACUUGCCUCCCUUUUGUAUGGUUUCUGGCAGCAUACUCUUUCUCAAAGAAAGCAUCAGGGGUGUGACAGUACCAACAAAGCUGCUUAGGUGGAAAGUAGUCUUUUUGAAAGAUGCCUCUGACCCAGGACAUAUUUAAAGACAGAGGCUUUAAAUAGAGUUCUCACUCCAGACUCUUUCACCUUUUUGUAUUUACAAACAGUGAUGGGGUUUUUUCCCAUUUGUUUCUUGUUUUUGUUUCCAUUACUUUGUCAAACACUGCCCAGCAAUGUCAGUAAGAGGGAAAGAGAAUUGACACUGAUAGAUGAUGAGCGUCUUGUCUUGGCAGAAGACCUAUCCCAUGGUGAUCAUAAUACCAAUAAGGAUGCAUCAAUGAAUUUUCCAGCAUCAGAGUGUGGAAAAAAUGUAGGCACUAAAUGGGGAAACCUAGAGACUCAUGGGUUUCUCAGAGAGUAUGAGACUGGUUUUCUGGACAGAAUAAAACAGAAGCAAUGGGAAGAUCUUGCAUUAUUUGGCAUGUGCGCGGAAGAGCUACAGGCUGCUAAUAAGGGAGCUAUAAAUGAACUGGCAAGAUUUAUUACAGAACCUGAAGGGAAACAGCUUCUUGUCCUGCAUCUUGAAAAAGUGGACAGGGAGAUUGGGACCAACUUCCAAUUUCAAGGAAGUAUGAGGCAGCAUAUCCCCCUUCUUCAGUAUCUGCACUUCCUUGUAGUGGUCUUUUAUCCUGAUACACACAACCUCACAAUGGAAUCUAAGGUCAUGAUAUCAGGUGACGCCGUCCCACAAAGCCAGGUUGUUUGCUUGUCACAAGAAACUCGCUAUGUUGUUGUCAGGCUGAGUGAACAGUUUAUGGACAUUGAACCAGAGGACCUACAACUCAACACAUCCUUCCAAAUAAAAAAGUAUUCAGAUGGAUCUGUUCUUUCACCUACACAAGCUGCAUGGCACCUAAUUGGCAUGGAUAAAAGGUGCUUUAGCAAGAUCACACCUGUCAUAUUUAUGGUAUUAAGCCACAGUGCCCCUAUAAGAUUUGAUCAUACUCUCUCAGUCUCCAGUGUUCACAAUCAAAUGAUUCAUUCCAAGGAUACAUUUUUGGAAACUCUGUCCCAUUUCUCAACACUUCUGAUGACCUCUCAAACUAAAACAUCUUCCACUGUCCAUGUGUCCCUUGAUCCUAAUGAUGAAAGUGCUGGUGACCUUCGUCCCCAAUUGUUGAAUGUUACAGAGGCAGAGGCACUGGAGUGGUUGGUGGACUCUCAAGAACCCCUUGUGUUUCAGAUUUUACCAGGAAGCAAACAUCUCUUGGCUAAUAGAAUCCAAAAAAGGCUGAAUGGGACACAACUUGAGAGAAUCACAGAAAAGACACAAGAGGUGCUAGAGGACAUGAAAGAUAUCUUUUCAACUAGAGAGCAUAUCCAAAUCCUUCAUAAACUCAUUAAUUCUUGCCAUAGCCACAUCAAUGUUAGCUAUAUAUCUACAGAUCAGGAGCAGUCAGCACAGCUGGGAGAUAAGCAACAUAGGAAACUGCAUUCACUGAUGCUCCUUAAAACUUUACAAACAAUACGCACUUAUUGGCAAGAUCGCAAAAAAUUAUCACGACAAAAUCGUGGAGCGGGCCUCAAACAUUAUUGUCGUCUGCAAGAGCUGACCAUCAACUUAAAACCACAUAAGGACAUACACCUACCAGAAGAAAUAAACAUCAACAACUGUGUAGGACCUUGCCGCUUCCCACAGACCACUCAAAGCAAUUACGAGGCCCACGUUAUUCUACUCAUCCAGCUUCAGGAAAAAAUACAAUCUAGCCUUGAUCGGCCACCUUGUUGUGUACCGAUUCAGUACCAAGAGCAAUAUCUGAUUGUGGCACAAAAGAAUGGCUGCGAGCUCCACAAGUACCCCAACAUGAUUGCCAAAGAAUGUGGUUGUAGAUAGGUACAUUAUGUAAAAGCAUUAUAUUAAGUUUUACGUAAAAUAUUAAGUGUUAAUUUCUACAAAUAUGAGAAAAAAAGAAUACAUGUGCUACAUAUGCAUUGGCAGCCAAAACACGCUAUAAUAUUUCAUCUCGGCCUCAGGAGGAUAUUGAUUUUAUAUCACAUAAAAUGGAGAGCUCCUUGAUUUCUUGCAGCUAGACUUAUACACCUUUAAUUUACAUUGCAAAAUAUGAGACAUACAAAACACUGGGAACAUUUAGUUUGAUGUACACUGUUAAGCUUCUUCAUGUAGCUCAAAAGAGAUAUAUGAAAGGAGGCCAUUUCUUUUUAUACCCCCUCUCCUCCUAAGCUGCACUUUUACCUUUCUUUGAAUAAUUUCACAUACCUUCACACAGGGCUCUGUAGUGAAUCUUCUACAUAUUUUCCUUUUGGCAGCUGAAAAAGGACAAAAGGUUUGAACUCCAGGAAAGAGUAUGGGGACAGUAUAUGCAUAAGAGCGUGCAAAAUUGGGUAGUCUCCAAUGUCACGCCCCCUCCCAUAGACUUGCAUUGAGGGGCGGAGUGUGACAUCACACUGGGGCGGAGUCAUGACAUCACGAUCUUCCGUCCCCGUGGUCGAGAUGGACUCAGCAUGAGGACCUCCAGCGGUAAAGGUGGGUGCCGCAUGGUAGAUCCUCGGGGUCCCCAGCAGCGGGACCCUGGCAAUCUGACAUCUUAUCCCCUAUCCUUUGGAUAGGGGAUAAGAUGUCUAGGGGCGGAGUACCCCUUUAAACCAGUGUAUUUUCAUAAUAUACCUCCACCUAAUAACACCUGUUUUCAUCAGUAUACAGACACUUUAAAAAAAGCAUUUUCCCACUGCUUGCAUUUCUUGUUCGAAAAUUCUGCAGCCAAACAUGACUUUAAAGAGGUAUUCCGCUAGACAUGUUAUCCCCUAUUCAAAGGAUAGGGGAUAACAUGUCUGAUUGUGGGGGUGCGGCGGCUGGGGACCCCCAUGAUCUCUGCAGCAGUACCCCAGUCAUCCGGUGCACAGCACGAUCAUGGAAGCUCCAGGCUUCCGUGACUGUAAUGCUGCAGCGUCGGCCCGGAGAUCACAGGACCCCCCGCGAUCAGACAGAGUAGCAACAGAGUACCCCUUUAACCUCUCUUAUUUUUCCAAACACAGUAAUACAUGUAUGUAGAGAAAUUCACCUGGCACUGCUUUGGGAUGAAUAUUCCUUUUGCUAAGCGGUCAUCUGGUCAGUGCUGCGAUCAGCAAACAGGUGGUGGUGCUCACGCUAAAUAGUCACUGCAUAUAGACACAAAGAAGAAGCUUCAAAGAAAGAUGCGGAUCACUCACCACACAUACGAUGCGGUUUCCUUUAUUCCAUGUGUAGCAGUACAGAUGGCUAAACACAGACAGAUGUUAUGGCAGGGCAGUAGGUGUUGGGAGCCCCGUCCAAAGUAUAGCCAUCUGUACUGCUACACAUGGAAUAAAGGAAACAGCAUCGUAUGUGUGGUGAGUGAUCCGUGUCUUUCUUUGAAGCUUCUUCUUUGUGUCUAUAUACAGUAAUACAUGUUUUACUUUUUAAUAAUAUUUUUAAGGUAUUUGCAGCUAUAUAAGAGGACGUUCUGGGCAUAAAACAGGAGGAGGCAACUGCACCACUUUUAAGCUGCACAAGUUUUGAUAAAUCUUCCCCUAUUUCACAAGAUAUGCCCCUUCUUCUGCAAAGAUAUCAUGGAAGGUUAGGUUUUCUAUAUACAAGUCAACUGAUUAUGAUUAUUAUGUACCCUGUAAGUUUUCUGUUGUCCAUACUGUAAAGGUGCAGUUGAUUUAUUGUUUUCUAUUUCUAUAUGUGUGUGUUUAUGUAUAUAUAUAUAUAUAUAUAUAUAUAUAUAUAUAUAUA